AUGACUCUCGGCGGGUCGCUGUUCCCGGGGGCGCUUGGCUCGAUGCUUAUCGAGAUCCUCCCGUUCCUGCGCGGCAUCGCCAGCUCCAUUCAGCAGAAGCUUGGGGACGAUAGUCCUUCCCUCAUCCCCACUGUCAUGGCUGCAUACGCAAUGACCAGCUUUCUCACCGGCUUUGUAUUCAUUGCAUUGGGUGCACUUGGCUGCGGUAGACUGGUCGACCUUUCGUCUGCGGGGACCGUUCUCUUUGGCAUCCACCAUCUUCCGCUUCUCUUCGCCUCGGUCCUCCCGGCAUUCUUUCUUUCCCUGUCCAUCCGCUCCUCUGGCCUCGAGAAGCUCACUCGUGGAUUCACGCAACAUGCUCUGUACGUCCCGGUCUAUGUCCUCGUCAUCGCCGGCACCUUCUGGGUCAUCGUUGCCGCAACCGGCAAUGCAGGAACCGCGGGGAUGGCGAAGCUUGCCGCGCAGGGGUGGUUCUUCACCGUGGAGGAGUCUGUGCGGAAGCAACACGGCAUCGGCACGUCGUGGAACUACUGGAAGUUAUAUGAUUUCCACAAGGUCGAGUGGUCCGCUAUGCAGAGUGCCACGAAGGACAUUGUGUUGCUGGUCGUAAUCGGCGUGCUUAACCUGCCUAUAUAUAUCCCUGCGCUCGCACUGGCUUUGGACAUGCCGUCGUAUGGGAUGAAUCACGAACUGCUGGGACAUGGCGCGUCGAACAUCUUCGCAGGUGUAGUAGGAAGCAUCCCAAACCUAGUAGUGUUUUCCAACUCGCUCUUUUUUACACGUGCGGGAGGAGGCCGCUUCGAGGGCAUCCUCGUCAUCCUGCUGACCAUCGUCCUCUUCCUCGUCUCCUCCUUAAUCCUUCCAUACAUCCCGACGCUCCUCGCGUCUGCCCUUGUCCUGUUCCUUGGUAUCGAGUUGAUGACAGAGGCAGUCUGGGAGUCCACGAAGGCGCUGCUUUGGUGCGAGUGGAGCAUUGUCAUAGGUACAUUGCUCGCGUGCACUUUCCUGGGGUUUGCUCCGGGCUUUGGCGUUGGAAUAGCUCUUGCAAUGGUCGUUCAUCUUGGGUGGGGCGUCUUCGACUCGCGUGCCCGCGCAUUUGACCUCGCCGAGAUGCAGCAACAAUACCAGCUCCAGCCACACCAUCGCAACCCAUACUCUCGCGGCACCCAUAUCACAGCGGGCUCCAGCACGGCACAUCCAUACAAUUCGCUCGGCUUUUCCGGCAAUGACGUCGAGACUAUCGCGGGUACGUCUACUAUGACCAAGAAGGGAAUGGAAGACAACAGCAGUGUGUCGAGCUCCGUCGACGUCACCCAAGAUAUUACGGUGGUUCGCUUGUCUGGUUACGCUUUCUUUGCAACCAUACCCUCUCUGGAAACGAACUUGAAGCCGAAGAAAAAGCUCUUGAAGGAAUCUUUCAUCCUUGUCGACCUCAGCAUGGUACACCGCCUCGAGACGUCUGUUGCCGAAUUCCUCGAACGGAAAGCACGGGAGCUCUCGUUGAAGGAGCCCAAAACAACCAUCGUUCUCUGUGGUAUCUCUGACCGAUCAGGCAUUGCGCAUGACCUGCGAAGAGGCGGUGCCAACCUCCUGUGGAUCGAUAGGCCUGCCGCAGAAGGCGCCAAGGGUGUGCCCGCGUGCAAGGACAUCAAGGAGGCAAUCCAUUGGUGUGCAUCACAAGCGCAGCGGACUGCAGACUCGCGUGAGACCCGCGUCACGAUUAUCUCGGAUGCAGAUAAUGAGAACUCAGAGGGCGUCGUCAAUACCUUGAGCACGCCCGAUGUUCUUAAUGAGUUCUCGUCUCAGUUCCUGGAAGAGCAUUUGGAGCACGUCUAUGACAACUUGCCGUUGUCUGAAUCGAAUCUUGCAGACCGCGCACAGGCUGCGGGCAUACGCGUGCGGCAAUGUGCCCCUGGAGACGUCAUCCUCCGCAAAGGCGAGGAGGUGACAUCCAUUUCGUUCAUUGUUCGUGGAUGCGUGUUGUACGAGAACGACGCACCAUCAUCGGAUCCGCCUAUUCUGCGAGUGUCAAUCAAGGACACUAUUCUCACGAGCGUAUCACGAGCACAAGAGUCCACCAAAGCAGUCGUCCGCCGAAUACUGCGUCGCAAAAUCGACGAGUCCCUGCUCCCAGGAGACACCUUCGGCUUCGCGGAAGUCACGGCUGGAACACGGGUUUCCUGGUCUGUCUCAGACCGUGUAGUGGCUGCGCGCUCUACUUCCUGCGUGCUGCUAGAGGUGGAUUCCGCGAAUGCCGAUGGACUCGCGUGGGCCACUCGGGCGAUUGCCUUGCUCCGGGAGAAGAAGAUUCGUGAAGAAAAAAUGCUCAAGGCACAUUGA